AUAGUCGACAUUUAGAAUUUUUGGGGAGCAGAAAACAGAAACUCUAUGCGUGUGUGAUAGAGAGAGAGAGAGAGAGAUAGACAGACACACACACACACACACACACAUAAGCAAAGGAACAGAGCUUGUGGAGCUUCUCGGAGCCUCUGGAAGUAAUUUUGAGGAUCUGUGUUAUCUCUAUCACUGCACUAGGAAUUUGGUUAGUGCUAUAUUUUUUGGGGCAUAAUAUGAGCUUUACCGGCCCUUCUGUGGGUUCUGGUGGAAGAACCGUUAGAAGGGCACUUGAGUUUGGAAGGACCUAUGUGGUCAGACCCAAAGGUAGACACCAAGCCACUGUAGUUUGGCUACAUGGCCUAGGUGAUAAUGGCUCAAGCUGGUCCCAACUCUUAGAGACCCUUCCUCUUCCAAAUAUUAAAUGGAUAUGCCCAACUGCUCCUACUCAACCACUAUCUAUUUUUGGUGGCUUUCCUUCAACUGCUUGGUUUGAUGUGGGAGAACUGUCAGAAGAUGCUCCAGAUGAUAUAGAGGGUUUGGAUGCUUCGGCAGCACAUGUUGCAAAUUUGCUGUCAACAGAGCCUGCUGAUAUUAAACUUGGAGUAGGAGGCUUCAGUAUGGGUGCAGCUACUGCUCUGUACUCUGCUACCUGCUUUACUGCAGGAAAAUAUGGGAACAAUAAUCCCUACCCAGCCAAUCUGAGUGCAGUUGUAGGACUUAGUGGAUGGCUUCCAUGUGCAAAGACCCUGAAAAACAGGUUAGAAGGGACAGAUGAAGCCAGGAGGCGUGCUACAUCGUUGCCUGUUUUGUUGUGCCAUGGAAAAGGUGAUGAUGUAGUUGUUUACAAAUUUGGUGAGAAAUCUUCACGGGCCUUGAGUUCAACUGGAUUUCAAGAUGUGACUUUCAAAUCCUAUAAUGGUCUUGGCCACUAUACAAUUCCUGAAGAAAUGGACGAGGUCUGUGGUUGGCUAACUUCAAAAUUGGGGCUUGAUGGGAGUUCAUAAUUUGCUUGAUAUUCAAAUUUUAAGCAACCAGCAAGAAAAGCAAGAAAAUAGGAUGAAAGUACUUGGAAACGAAAUUUGUAAGAAACAGGGGUGGAUCACUACAAAAAUGGCAGGGGGUGCAAAAUAACAUUUUAGAUUGACAUUGAUCUACGUGUUACUUAUAUAUUUGGUUGGUUGGUAUUACCGAAUUGGUGGGAUCGUAAGUGCGUUCUUGAUUUGGAUCAUAAAAAUGUUUGAAAUUCAUUAAUUUUUUUUA